UUUUAAAAGAUGACUUGGCAAAGUCAGCCACAUCGGGCGGCAGAAGCAGCGACGCCUUCUCAGUGGAACUGACUUGCAAUAGCGAGCUUUCUCUGCUGCCCAUUUGUGGCUUCUGUGGACAUAUUAGUAACCGGUGGUUUUAGCUCCCAGUCUCCCAGAGUUGCCAAAGCGGUUAGAAGUCAUUUGGAAAAGCCUAUUAGCCGAAUCUUUCUGAUCCAGACGGCCAGCUGACUGCAGGAACCACUGAUCCUGGUCCAGGUGCAUGGGGAAGACGCUAAGGGUAUAAACCCAAGCAUUGAACCUGAAGACCCAGCGCAAAGUAGAAACUGAAAGUACCCUGCUUACUCUGCCGGCAGAUCCUACGGAAGUUAUGGCAAAGCCAGAGCGCCUGGGUGGCCAAUGAUGCGUGCAGCCCCUCCUGGGAUGGAUGGACCAGGCGCCGCGUGGGUGAGAGGAGUCAGCUGCCUGGACUGCCCUGCCCAGCACCAGCUUGCGGCUACUCGGAGGAUGACCAGGGUCCUGGGCGUGAUUAUGGGUGGCGAGAGCCGGCUCCUGCUGCAGUCCCAGUCAUCAUGACUACACCCAUCUCCCACAGACCAUGUUCCAUGUUUCUUUUAGAUAUAUCUUUGGAAUUCCUCCCCUGAUCCUUGUGCUGCUGCCUGUCACAUCGUCUGACUGUCACAUUAAAGACAAAGACGGUAAAGCCUUUGAGAGUGUGCUGAUGAUCAGCAUCAAUCAACUGGACAAAAUGACAGGAACUGAUAGUGAUUGCCCAAAUAAUGAACCAAACUUUUUUAAAAAACAUCUAUGUGAUGAUACAAAGGAAGCUGCUUUUCUAAAUCGUGCUGCUCGCAAGUUGAGGCAAUUUCUUAAAAUGAAUAUCAGUGAGGAAUUCAAUGACCAUUUACUAAGAGUUUCAGACGGCACACAAACACUGGUGAACUGCACAAGCAAGGAAGAAAAAACCAUAAAGGAACAGAAAAAGAAUGAUCCAUGUUUCCUAAAGAGACUACUGAGAGAGAUAAAAACUUGUUGGAAUAAAAUCUUGAACAGCAGUAUAUAAACAGAAAAUGUAGUAGCAACCUCCAAGAAACUACUGCCUUGCAUACUUGGAGAGUUUGAAACCCUCCCAGAAGUUUCUGGAUGCCUCCUGGUCAAAUAAAGCAAGCAACUGGGAAAUCUACAGUGAUAGACAUAAGAAAUGCAACUGACUCCUGCGGUGAGCAUAUGCCUAUGGAAAUUUAUCAACCUUACUGAUUUUAUAAAGCAACCCUGUCAUCUGCAAUGCUUUUAAAACCUUUCCAAGUGUUUCUACCACUAUCCAGUCUACAAACAAGGCUCUGAAGAUUCAGAGUCACCACUGUUUUGUUAGCAACCAUGCACUGGGGGAGUGGAACUGUCCUGUGGAAGACUGCAGAUACAGGAGGGCUCCUGGUGAUGGAUAAUGCUCUUGAAAACAAGAGUCACAUCUUAAAGCAGCAGCAGCAGCAGCAAAAAGAAGGUUGAGGCAUAAACAAAUGUAGUUAAAUAUGAAUGUAUAACACAUAGCUUCAGUACAGAGCAUAGCAGAUAUUUUUAAAUAAAAGUAUUCUUAAAAAUAGAAAUGCACUUAGUUCAAAGAUACUGAACCUUAGUAUUCAGUCACUUUUGUCAUAUAUGUAUAAUAAAGCUUAUAUAACUGAAUUUUCAAUUUGGGAAGUAUAUUUUUAGAAGAAUAAUAUAUGUUAGACUUUUUAUUAAUGUGUAUAUUUGAUUUUUGACAUUAUCUUUAUAUAUAUAAAGUAUUUUCAUACACUACCAAUUGCCUACUUUGGAUAGUAUCUCUUUUUAAAAUAAAUGACCUGUGUUAACACUGUCAGGUUCACUUAAUCUUAAGAGUGUUCACUGCUGCACUGUCAUUUGAUCCCAUUUUCACUGAACACAUUUCCUUUAACACACUCAUGCCAAGGUUCAGCAUGAGAUUAGCACCUUACAACCUUGUUAAGAGAAGAAACAUUAAUUUCUUGCUCUAUAGUUGGGUCUUAUUAUACCUAAGGCUGGCUAUGAUGCUUCUGCCUCAGACUCCCCAGUGCUGGGAUUGCCCACACGAGCCAACAUACUCAGUUAGAAACACUUUUUUAAUGUUAAAUUCAUGUCUUUUACAAGAUGCCUACAUAUAUACUAUGUACAUACCUGUUUGAAAGGUCUGCUGUCUUCAUUCAGUUGCAAUGGAAACACUACCCUGCAGAGGCCAAAUUUCUGAAAGAGAUGAGGAUUGGCUUGUACAGAAUUCCCAUUCCGCUUGCUCUUUCCAGCCACUUGAGCAUCUAGCUAUAGCUGGAUGUAUUUGAUCUAUACCUGCUCCACCAGCACCUUCCAUGUGUGGUAGCCAUGCCUCCUUGCUCCUCUUUUCCCCCAACACAUUUAAUGUUCUACAGAUAGCUGGGAUUAACAAGGUUUUGAGAGAAUCACUGAUUGUGUAACGUUCAUUUCAUAAUCACCGUUUGCCCAGAAAACAGUUCUGUCACAUUGUUUGGAACAUGUGAUACUUUAAGAAAUUUCAUUUCUUUAAUGGGCUUUCCAUAACGUACUUAUAUCUCCUAGAUCUACUAAGUAACAGUCCCUUUUCUUAAAGAACUGGCAAAACGGAUAAGCCAUUAGAGAACUGAAAGCAUUUGCAAGUGUAAAGAUAAACUCUAUACGUGCAAGGCUAUCUGGUUGGCUCCCUAGUAUUAUUGAACAAUAUUCUGAUUGUGGCUAAAUAAAAGAUAAUAUUUCUAAAUGCUUAUUAAAAGUUUUUAAAAUUUC